GUGCAUGGCUGUGUGUGGAUAUAAAUGUGCAAGUGUGUGUGUGUGUGUGCUUUUUGUGUGGAAAAACAAUUGUGAACUAAGCACAAGCAUUCAGUUGGCCAAACGACGUCUUAGCAAACAGAACAGAGAGCGCUUUAAAUAUAAAAGAUAACGAGAAUUAAAAAACAAUACAAUUGGAGAAAGCCAACGCACAGAUUGUUGUGACAUUUAAAAAGCAAUCCGUAUUUAGUUAGUGAGUUAAAACAACAAGCAAGACGGCUAAGCAACGCCAACAACUGAACAACAUUCGACGAGUCUGUGUGACGCUCUCGCUGCUGCUGCUGCUCCUACAACUCGCCCAAUCCCAGCACCAAUCCCAGCUCCAAUCCAAGUCCAUACUCAACACCAUGGCCAACACCGAUAGCAACAAUGUGGCCGAGUUCUCCCGCCGGCUGGCCAACUUCUCCAUGGAGCUGUACGGCAAACUGAUCUCGCUGAAGCCCAAUCAGAACGUUGUCUUCUCCCCCUUCUCCAUCCAGAGCUGUGCGGCCAUGGCUCGGCUGGGCGCCUCGGGAGAAACAGCCGCCCAACUGGAUCGUGGCCUUGGUCUCAUUUCCAGUGAUGCGGCACAGAUCGCCAGCAGUUUCCACGAAGUGAUCGCUGCGUAUGAAAACAGUACCAUUCUACGCAUUGCCAACAAGAUCUACGUAAUGAAGGGAUAUGAACUGCGGGAUGAAUUCAGUUCGCUGCUCACCAAACAGUUUCUAUCGGCUGCGGAGCAUGUGGACUUUGCCAAGAAUGUGGAGGCAGCGCGUCUCAUCAAUUCCUGGGUGGAGCAGCGCACCAACAACUUGGUCAAGGAUCUGGUACCGGCCAGUGCCUUGGAUUCCGAUUCCCGUCUAGUGUUGGUCAAUGCCAUACACUUCAAGGGCAACUGGGUGCAUCCAUUCCCGGAGCACUCCACCCACAAUGAGCGUUUCCAUUUAAAUGAAAUCGAUGGCAUCGAUGUGCCCAUGAUGAACCUAAAGGAACGUUUGCGUUAUGCCGAUCUGCCUAGUCUGGAUGCCUCAGCACUGGAAUUGCCCUACGAGAACUCGGACUUGUCCAUGUUGAUACUGUUGCCCAAGAGCAAAACUGGUCUGCCACAGCUGGAGGAGAAGCUACGCAAUACACCGCUUGCAGAGAUCACGGAGCAUCUGCACAAGACUCAGGUGCUGGUCAAGUUGCCCAAGUUCAAGUCCGAGUUUGAGGUGGAGCUGACAGACGCCUUCAAGCAGCUGGGCAUGACGCACUUGUUCUCGAAUCAAGCGGACUUUAGCAAGAUGCUCAAGAGUCCGGAGGAUCUGAAGGUGUCCAAGAUCAUACACAAGGCCUUCAUUGAUGUGAAUGAGAAGGGCACUGAGGCAGCUGCCGCCACCGGCGUUGUGGUGCGUAAGAAACGUAGCCUCAUAUCACAACAGGAGCCAAUCGAGUUCCAUGCAGAUCAUCCAUUCAUCUAUGUGCUGGCACAUCAGCAAACUCUGCCCUUGUUCUUCGGUUCCGUUGUGCAACUAGACGUGGCAACUUGCUGCAGUUGUGCCUCAACAACAGCAGUCAACGAACAUGACGAGCUUUGAUUACAAUUACAAAUACGACUAGAUAAUAAUAUUAUAAAAAAAAAGCACUUCAAAACGGGUA